AUGAAGGUAUUCACUCAAACUAAGCAACAAUCAUCACUUCUAGCUACUAUUAUGAGAAACUAUUCAAUUAAGAAUAGCGUUUAUGCCAGAACAUAUUUUGCACUUUAGCCAUCAGUACUAUACAGAGUGCAAGCAAGAAACUUUGGGCUACCAAAGUACAAAUUUGAGGAUGAGAAAUAUGAACCAAACAGAUUCCAGUUGUCUAUUCCAACUCAUCAAUCAAAUGCUGAAGAACUGAUCAACGCUUUUCCUAUUGUAGAAGUGCAAGGAGAGACUGCCAGAUGCUCAGGAGUAAAUGAACUUGGACUCGGCCAUCCUGUUCAAUAUAUUCAACUUAACAAGAGAACACCUCACUCACCCACUACCUGCAAAUGGUGUGGUCUAAGAUUUAGAAAGAGUGACAGCCAUGAUCAUCACUGA